CCAACGAAGCGGGCGCCCACCGCGUCGAAGCAACUGUCCAAUCAGAAUGCAGCACAGCACUUGUACUUCCGGUUUAGCUCUGACGCGAAUAUCAAGUGACUGUAAAACUGUACUUCCAUACUCUGGAGUGGACGUGGCCUUGCGGACCUGCUAUCAACCACCCAUGCAGCGCUGUCUCACUCUGACCCUUGCCCGGCACAGCAGGCUCCUGUUAAGAAAUAAGUUUGCAUCUGUCUACUGCCAGCAGUCAGCAGCCAUGUCAGGUCUCCUCAUCAACCAGCCCAAAUACUCCUGGCUGAAAGAGCUAGGUUUGUCUGAGGACAACCCUGGUGUUUACAACGGAAGCUGGGGAGGCAGCGGGGAAGUUGUCACAUCAUAUUGCCCUGCCAACAACGAGCCAAUUGCCAGGGUUACCCAGGCUACUUUGGCCGAGUAUGAAGAAACUGUCCAAAAGACAAGGGAGGCUUGGAAGGUGUGGGCAGAUAUUCCAGCUCCGAAAAGAGGAGAGAUUGUGAGGCAAAUUGGGGAUGCACUACGAAAGAAGAUCAAAGUCCUUGGUAGCCUGGUAUCUCUAGAAAUGGGCAAGAUCUACGUUGAGGGAGUGGGUGAAGUUCAGGAGUACAUAGAUGUCUGCGAUUAUGCUGUUGGUCUGUCAAGAAUGAUUGGUGGCCCCGUCCUGCCCUCAGAAAGACCAGGCCAUGCCCUUAUUGAACAGUGGAACCCUGUUGGUCUUGUUGGCAUCAUCACUGCCUUUAAUUUCCCUGUGGCUGUCUAUGGCUGGAACAAUGCCAUUGCUCUAACCUGCGGCAAUGUCUGCCUCUGGAAAGGAGCCCCAACCACUCCUCUCACAAGUGUCGCAGUUACCAAGAUUGUGGCUGAAGUGCUGGAACAGAACAACUUGCCUGGUGCAAUCUGCUCCAUGACCUGUGGUGGCGCCGACAUUGGCACAGCUAUGGCAAAAGAUGAGCGUGUGGGUCUGUUGUCUUUCACUGGCAGCACCCAUGUUGGCAAGAUGGUGGCCAUGAUGGUGCAAGAAAGGUUCGGUCGCAGCCUGCUGGAGCUCGGUGGAAACAACGCUAUCAUCGUGUUUGAGGAUGCUGACCUGAAUCUUGUGGUGCCCUCUGCUGUCUUUGCUUCAGUGGGAACUGCUGGCCAGCGCUGUACCACGACUAGAAGGCUGAUGCUGCAUGAGAGUGUUCACGACACAGUGGUUGAGAGAAUUGCCAAGGCCUACAAACAAGUUCGCAUUGGAGACCCCUGGGACCCAAGCACCCUGUAUGGUCCUCUGCACACCAAACACGCUGUGGAGCAAUAUCUGGCAGCUAUUGAGCAGGCCAAACAGCAGGGAGGCACACUGGUCUGUGGAGGAAAGGUGAUGGACCGCCCUGGAAACUAUGUGGAGCCCACCAUCAUUACAGGACUGGCUCAUGAUGCACCAAUCGUCCAAACUGAAACCUUUGUUCCCAUCCUUUACGUCCUUAAGUUCAAGACAGAAGAAGAGGCUUUUGCUUGGAACAACGAGGUCAAGCAGGGCCUGUCCAGCAGCAUCUUCACCAAGGAUAUGGGCAGAGUUUUCCGUUGGCUGGGACCCAAGGGAUCCGACUGCGGCAUUGUGAAUGUCAACAUUCCUACUAGUGGUGCUGAGAUUGGAGGAGCCUUUGGUGGGGAGAAACAUACAGGAGGUGGAAGAGAGUCAGGCAGUGAUUCUUGGAAGCAGUACAUGAGGCGUUCAACAUGCACAAUAAACUACAGCAAGGAUCUUCCUUUGGCCCAGGGAAUCAAGUUUGAGUGAAGCCUUCAGGAGGCAUAUUUACGUUUCAAGCAGCCCAAAGGGCAGCUCACAAUAAAGGACAAUUAGUAGCAGAGUGCAACUGAAGAAAUGCUUGACAUUUGUCAUUGCAUUUUAGAAUUCAGAAAGGUCAGCUCAAAUUUAACAUAAUUUGAAUCUGUUUGUAUUAGUCAUCUAUCAAAACUGUAUCUUUGUUUGUGGCUCUAGAUGUUAAUCUUGGAUUUGAUAGAGUUUCAGAAUAGUUUUGUGUCAAAGGUCAAAUGUUGUACCCCCCCCCCCAACAUUGGUGUGCACUUUUCUUCAAGCACUUAGAAAGUGACAUUGAUUGCUAGUUGACUGUGUCUCAUACUUUAUACUGUAUGAAAUAAUAAAUCUUGCCGUCAUUUUGCAAGAAAAUGGAAGUGGACAUUAUUAAUGUGAAUUUUAAAUCAUUAUAAUGCAAAUAGCUCUUCAUCACAUACUGCUUAAACAGAUUUUCCAUGAACGCAAAAAAACUAACAAUGUAGCACAUACAUCACUAGACACAUUUACAGCAUUAAUACUGUACUUUGCAUGUAAAGCACUCUAAAAGAAGCAAGAGUGAGAAUGUACAUUACAGGCAAUCAAAAAAAACAAUAAAAGGAAUCUUGUUGAUA